ACGAAGAUCGAAUCAGGAGAAGGAACAAUACCAGUAAAAAGCAGCGAUGGCAUUCAAACGUGGGAUGGCGUACUACAGGGUCAGCGUCUAUUAACAAUGUCAUGUUCGGAUAAAAUUGCUCGCUGGAACAUUGUGGGUAUUCAGGGCUCGCUAUUGUCUGCUAUUAUCGAGCCAGUUUAUCUGCAUUCCAUUGUAUUAGGAAGUUUGUUGCAUCCGGAACACAUGUACCGCGCCGUGUGCGGACGAAUUGAAAAGUCUAUACAGGGUCUACCACCCCCGUAUCAUUUAAAUAAGCCACGUCUUGCUUUAGUUACCUCUGCAGAGCCACGAAAUCAAGCUAAAGCGCCGAACUUUGGCAUUAAUUGGACCAUUGGUGACACUGAACUUGAGGUUGUCAAUUCGUUAACCGGGCGAACUAUUGGCGGCCAAGUAUCUAGGAUUACAAAACAAGCCUUCUUUGAUAAAUAUGGAUUUUUGAUGAAAAACUUACCGGGUAUGCCAAAUCGCAAGGUCACUAAGGAUUACGGAGAGACUAAGGCAGAUGUCAAGGACUACCAGACGGCUAAGCAAGAGCUGUUUUCUGCAUUCAAACGAGAAGAUCUUGGCAGUUGGCUGAAGAAACCAAUUGAACAAGACCAGUUCGGACUUGUGGAAUGACUGCACUCAGCUUUACCAUUAUCUGGAUACAUACGUAUGACAGUACAUUUUUUAAUAAAAGACAGCAACAACGGCAAGCAAUUAAUAGAUUUAGAUAAUAUAGUUUAUAAAAAAACUUGCGCGGCAGACUGCAAUUUUAGUUUUGUUCAAUCAAAUGAAUCCCCAUUAAAUUUGAUUGAUAACCUGCCGGUGAAGCAUCGGAUUAACAACGACAGACAACUAGUUUCAAAUAUUGGAACAAUGAGAGUUUUCAGUAGAAUAUUUCUAGAAUAGAAUGUAGUUUUUAUGCUGGAACUAAGUAAAGAAGUAUUAUGGCGUUUUACUUAAAA